GUGUCUAGAUAUGAUCGUAGUUCAGACUCUAGACCUGUUUAUAUGACCGUCGCAGCUUAACUAUAAAGAAGUUCACGUGAGAACUACGUACAAAAUCGUUGACAGAUAUAAGCGCCUCUGCCCACAUAAUUAAGAAACUCACGGGUCGAUUUUCCGUGCAUCAACAUCCUUAUAGUACUGUCAGUCUCGUUUGGUCCUGUCAGCUGGUGAAGAAGGGGAGACUAGAACGAUAAAAAUGUCGUUCGCUGAGAAAAUAUCGUCGAUUAUGCAAAGACCAGGACAGGACCCUGUUGCCAAGGACGAUGUACCUUGGUGGAUGAAGUAUGCUGGACGAGGACUCGGCACCGUGGGUAGUAUAAUUGCAAUUAUUCUUGGAGGAUGGAAUUGUUUAUCAAUUCUGAUGGGUUCGGUAGAUUGCCUAAUAAGUGGUAUGUGGCAAAUGGUGGCUGGUUUUAUAGUUGCAACAAUAGAAGCACCAUGUUGCUGUCUAUUUAUUGAUUAUGUACAAAACUUAAGUGAUUGGGUGGAAAAGAGACCAUAUUGGAAUAGAGCAGCUGGAUAUUGUAUAAUGGCAAUUCCUUCAGUCCUCCUUUGUUUUGGAAUGAGUAGCUUAUUUGGCAGUGGUCUAAUAUUUGCGACAGGUGUAAUAUAUGGACUAAUGUCACUUGGGCGAAAGGCACCACUUCGUGAAAUGAGAUCAGCAGCGACGAAUAUCGAGGUUCCUUCAUCAAGUAUGCAAGCUACACUUGUUGAAAAUGCUCAACCAAUGAGUUUUACCAAUAGACCAGAUAGUAAUGUUUAAAUUCACAACAUUAAUUGGCAAAAGAAUUCAUUUUCUGGUAUGAAUGGUGAUGAAUGUUGACUUGGUAAAAUAUUCAAUAAUUGAGCCUAUGAAUAUGCAUUGUUUGAAGCACUUAUUAUUUAGUCCUACUAAUAUUCUAAUAUUUUAUCAUCUUCAAUUUAUGAUACUGUAAAUUGCUUAUAUUAUUUGCGCUGACAUAUAGGUGAAGUAGUUAGGUCAUUUUUUCCUUUUCAUACAUAAUUUUUAAUUUAGUUUCAGUUGUGGACUUCGAUAUCAAUAGAGCAUUAGUGAUAUUAACACAUUAUUUACUAAACCAUUAUUAUAUAUAUAAAAGUUACAUUAUUUCAGUUUUUUAUUUGAAAUAAUGCCAAAGUUAAAGACUGCUAUAGAAAUUAUAUUCUGUUAGUAUUCAUAGGCUUGAUUUCUUGUGCUCCUACUUGUCUAUUGUGUGUCAUAAUGUUCAUAAAGAAUGAAAUUGGUGAGAAAAAAAUAAUCUUACGUUAGUUGAUUUUGGAUGUAGUUAUCUAUUUAAAUUUUACAUUUUAAAUUGAUGAAGUGUAAUAUUUUGAACUAAAAUAACACUUCCAAAAUCAAAAUAUCCUAAGACUUUAAGACGAAUCAUUCAUAAGUUAUAGAAGGUGGACGAGUCAUAACUAGCUUUAUUUUCAUUUAUUCAUGUAUUGUAUACAUAUAUAUGUGGGAUAAGUUAUAUAGUUAGAACAAUCCUCCAUUUGUUUAUUAUUUAGGAUAAAAAAUUAAUCUAUAAAUUAUGAAUUGAUCUAAAUCCAAUAAUAUUGCACUUCAU